UGCUUUAAUUUAAAUAUUUAGAAUGAAUGGUGGAAAAUGUUCCUAAAUGGAAAAGUGUGUUUACACGUUAUAUUAGUUCUUAUACACUCAAGUGUCGCUAGAUGUGACCUGUUCAGUCUAUAUGACCGGCAUGGGCUACAAGCUGUACAUACUAUUCUAUUGUACACACACACUUGUACGGCUCAGGCUCCGUUCUCUCCUUUUUCCCUUCUAGAAUCUCUCUUUAGUUCGCCACCAUCCAGGAAUAGACAGAAACUAGUUUGGAAUCAGCAUCGAUUGGCAGCUCCACAACAGCAUCCACAUCAACAUCAUCAACAACAGUCUCAGCAACAACAGCAGAAAAUAAUAUUCCGACCAGUGUUUCCUAGUGGAAACCAUGGUUUUAUUGGACCACAGCCUGUUCCUUUAAUUUUGCGAUCGGACCCUAGCACUGCAGGACCCUCCAGUUUCUCAAAAGGAUUGAAAUCUUCUAAAAUAUUAAUUAAUGUUCCCUCUCCGCCUCCAGCAGCUGACACAUUCCGGUCUUCUCCGCAGUUUCAACUGUCGUCACCAGACGCGGCAGUCGACAUCGUCGACCCAGGGACAUCAUCCACACCACUCGUCUUUUUCGACGGACUAGAAGAGCCAUCAGAGAUAGGACUGCAGGAUAUAAAUAGUUCUCCUGAGCUUGCUUCUAAGAGUAAAACCUAUAAAGAUUUGUCGGCUCAAGUUGAAAGUUCAGCUAAUGGCGUCUCGUUAGUUUAUCCAUCUGAAGAGAUUAUUACUGAGAAAUCAGAUGCUUACUCUGCGUACAAGCUUGAAACAGAUUUAACAGAUGCGUACGAAACCCAAACUGAUGCGUACAUUGAAGAGGAAACAACAGGUGACGGGGAAAUUUUGCCGGGAAAUAAUACUGUAGAGCGGGUCAAUAAUAUUCUAGAGCAGGUCAAUAAUGUUGAAAGGAAACUAGAUGAUAAACUGGAAGGAAAGGAUGAGAACAAGGAUGAAGAUGAUGAUGAGCAAAGGGAUGAGAAUGAGGCUAAUAUGAAGGAUGAAGAUACCGUAAGAUGGAAUGAACGUGAGUAUAAGAGUUCUGGUCCUAACCCUGGAGAAUUAAACCCUCAUACUACAUUCGUGAAUCUGCACAGUUAUUUUGACGAACUUUUGGCCCCUGGUGGAGGCGACAUUCGAGACUCGAGAGGGACAGCUCAAGAUAUCCCUGUAGCCCCUUACAACCCCUUCUAUGCCCCUGAAGUGUUCACAUAUAGCCAGGAUCCAAUAGCCCUGGAUGAAGAAAACGAAAACAAAGAAUUCAAUGAAAAUAAUUUGUUAGAUUUGAAUGCAAAUACUCAAAUCCAAAACUUUUAUGAUUUUGCUAAUUCCAGUGAUCUAAGAUACCCCUUAGAGACUAAAAACUUGUACUUGUUAAAUGACCGGAAUUUUGGUGAGAACAAAUUAGAAACAUCAACAGAAAACGUGAAUACUUCAGAUGCAGUAGCAAGUGAUGCUGUAGAUGAUGCAGGAAGAGAUGCUUCCGAUGCAGCAGCAAGUGAUGCUGCUGAUGAUGCAGGAAGAGAUGCUUCCGAUGCAGCAGCAAGUAAUGCUGCUGAUGAUGCAGGAAGAGAUGCUUCCGAUGCAGCAGCAAGUUAUGCUCUAAAUACAACAGGAAAAAAUGCUUCCACUGCAGUAGCAAGUAAUGCUCUUGCUGAUGGAGGAAGAGAUGCUCUUUAUGCAACAGGAGAAGAUACUUCCAACGAAGGAUCGAGUGAAGCUCCUAAUGUAACAGCAAGAGAUAAUUUGAAAGAGAACUUGUUCGUUGCCUCGAACAUUUCUGGAAAUUAUAACCCUGAACUUCUAAACGGCUCUGAAAGCGAACCGGAAGGAUCAAAUAAUGCCGAAGAUGUCCUUUCUGAUGAACUAAAUAAGAAAGAUUAUUUUGUUCAAUUUGAUCAAGUGAUCAAACCUCGCGGAGUAAAUAUGUUGAAUACUCCUGAAGAAAUGGAAAAAAGAUUUAGUUUUAGUUCAAACACAGAAGCCUUUGUCAAAGAGAACUUGGAGAAUAAAAAUGAGAGAUUGAAGUCAUCAAGGAGAUUAGAUCAGGAAUUAGCUUCAGUGAAUUCUGGCCUAAUAUCUUCUCACGAAACUAAGAAUAUAGAAAAGGAAUCUGAGUUUAGAAAGCGCAAACUUGAAAACAUUGUGAACGUGCUGGAUUUUAACGUGAGUGAAUCCUUGAUGGAAGAAUCAAGAUAUGCGCGAAAUCAAGAUCCGCGCGCUGAAUGUGGAGGUGCUGCAGACCUAGGAUUCUGUGGUAUGCAAAGGAACUACCCAAUCUCUAGUGUAUCUGCUAUAAUGAAGGCGUGUAGGCAUAUUUUGGAUGCAUACGUAUCAAUAAUUCCGGAUAAUUUAAAGGAUCUAGAAGACCCUGUAUAUGAUGCAGCGUACGAUGACCGGAAUGAUAUAUCUACGGCCUGGAGCUGGAAAGGAUAUUCUAAGAAGAAGAAGCAGUUGUGUAGCAGUGAACUGUAUUUUCUCGAUCCUGGAUAUGCUAGAGAUACGUCAGGAACCUGGUUUAUUAUUCCCCAGCUCCCUGACCUAGUUCAACGUCUUCCUGUUGAUAUUUGCCAUCAUCAGUAUUCUCCUUGUCCAGGACUAUCAGACUGUGGAGUCAAGAGUGAAUGUACGCAGAGAUACAGUUUCUACAGUUUAGUAGCAAUAAAACCAAACUCUACAGCUUGCCCAACCAUCAGAGCUUUCAGGUAA